AUGGAUAACAAAGAUACCAAAAAGAUUACAGAAGAUGCGUCUAAAAAGACUCAAGAUGAUUUGAUUAAACUAUCUCAAGCAAUGGAUAAUAUAGCAUUGCUUAUUAAGAAUAAGCAAAAUAGUGCUACUAAUGAAUCGUCACAAGAUACUUCGGCACCAGAUAAAUGGAAACAACUCUCGUCACUUGUGAAUUCCAUACUAGAUGAUUCUAAACAGUCACACCAAAAUCAUUCAACUCGGUUGUGUGUGGAUUUGUUAUCUUGUAAAAAUAAUAAUGAAUUAGAAAUUAUUGAACGGUUUAACGAUGAGACUAAAUCAUUAGAUAAAUUUGCUUUGGUUCCUUUAGUGGAAUUAGAUGCCAUACCACCUUCCCUUCCUUCUACGAAGAAUAAAAAGAAAAAUAAUAUAAAAUGUUCUUUUUGUAAUGAACCGGGUCAUAAGAGAUCAAGUUGUAAUAAGAGGUUUUUAAAAUAA